AUGAAGGUGCAAGCUACCAUUGCAUUCGUCGCGAGCGUUCUCGCCGCCGUCGUCUCCGGCAACGCCGCUGCUCCCUGGGAACAGUACAUCCAGUCGCCUGUGUCCCGAUACAUCGAGCCCGUCGGCAUCUACGGAUCCUCCGGCAAUGUCAACGUGUCCGACUUGACCGCCACGCUUUCCGGCAACGGCUCCACUGUUACGUACGACUUCGGUCAGCAAGUGACGGGCUUCAUCACGCUGCACUUCGGCUCAGGCACCGCAAAGCCCGACUCGAGCUACACGUUCGGUCGCGAGUUCGCCCGAGGCAGCUACCGCUACCUGACGCUGUCCACGAGCUCAUCCGACGCUAUCGAGGUCACGGGGGUCUCCACGCACUUCACGGCGGCUCCGGCCACGGACGACGACAAGCUCCGCGAGUACUCCGGCUACUUCUACAGCGACGACGACCUGCUCAACCGCAUCUGGUAUGCUGGCGCGUACACCGUGCAGCUGUGCACGAUCGCUUCGAACGAGUCACGCGCCAACCCGCCGACGAUCACCGAGUACGGCUGGUUCAACAAUGCCACCAUCCAGAACGUGACUACCGGAGCCGAGGUAUACGUGGACGGCGCCAAGCGCGACCGCACGCCGUGGCCCGGUGACUUCGGCGUCUCCACGCUGUCCAAGGUAGUUUCCCUCAACGGCGACAACCUCCUGUCUGUUCGCCAUGCCAUCAACUCGCUGUACGCCAUCCAGAACACGACCAACGGACAGUUCGCGUACGCGGGCACGCCCAUCGCUCCGCGCGUUCAGCUUGCAGGCAUCAACUCGGACACGUACCACAUCUGGACGCUGAUCGCGCUGGCCGACUACGCGACGUUGACAGCUGACACGGAGUUCGUGGAGAACCUCUGGGACCAAGCGCUAUACGGCUUCGAGUUUAUCCUUGGCAACGUGGACACCUCCGACAUGCUUCUGAACGUCACGGGCGUGUACGACUGGGGCCGCGUCGGCCAGGGUGGCAAGAAUAUCGCCGCCAACUCGCUGCUCUACCACGCGCUGUACAGCUACGCUGAGUUGGCUCCGCAGCUCGGCUUAGAGGUGCCUUCGUACAACGGCACGGCGUUUGGUGAGCUCGCCAGCGCCGUCAAGACGGCCGUCAACUCGAACCUGUGGGACGACUCGGCCGGCCUCUUCCGUGAUAACACCACCGCUGCCGGCGGCGAGCUGCACCCGCAGGACGGCAACUCGCUUGCAGUUCGCUACAACCUGACCCAGUCGUCGGAGCAGGCCGCCACUGUCUCGGAGAACCUGGCCACUCGCUGGAACGAGUACGGUGCUGUGUCGCCCGAAGGCCUCGGCUCCAUCUCGCCCUUCAUCACCAGCGUCGAGGUUGAAGCUCACUUGCGCGCCACCCCCGGCAACGCCUCGCUCGCGCUGGAGAUCAUCCGUCGUCAGUGGGGCUACAUGUUGAAGGCCUUCAGCAACUCCACCACCAUCGAGGCGUACUACGAGACGGGCGAGCUCAUGUACCCCUUCUACGGCCUCGAGCUUGGCGGCUACAUCUCGCACGCGCACGCCUGGUCCACAGGCCCGACGGCGUCUCUGACGCUGCACGUGGGCGGUCUGAGCCCCGUGACGGACGCCGGCAAGACGUGGGAGUUCGUGCCGCACGCCGCUGGGGCGGACGUCGGCGAGCUGCACACUGGUUACACGAUGGCGACGGGCGACUUCAGCGUGGAGUGGACGACCAAGAACGAGGACAGCUUCUUCUUCGCCAACUUCGAGACGCCGCACAACACGACGGGCUCCAUCUCGGUGCCCACGUUCGGCAAGUCGCUUGACUCGAUCGAGAUCUCCAUCAACGGCAACACGGUGUGGGCCAACGGUGCGGCGUCGUGGAGCGGCUUUGGAGCUGCCAGCGGAUCGGCCGACUUUGUGACGGUGCCCGAGGUGCCGCACGGAGGCUGGUUCUCCAUCGUGGCCAAGGACGCGUAG